AUGGGUCAGUCAGGCAACUCCGGGUUAGAGACCGACUGGGCACGUCCAAACCAACGAUGCCCGUGCCCACCAAAACACCGUGAAGCUCACGGUGGACCAACCCUGCAGCAUAGUCGCGCGACUAAUUGCCUGCGCAGGGCUGGCCUCGGCCUAGAAUCCCAGGGCCUAUGCGAGGCUGGUGUCCCUCGAAAGCUUCGACGUGCGGUUCCUCUCUCCUCGGAGCCUCCACAAGGCAAAGAUGCUGAUCAAGGCGGUGACGCUAUUACGACUCUUAUCCAACGGGAGGAAGAACAUGCCCGCAUACGUCUAGGUCAUGUGCGAGAAUACCAGGUCCAUGUUCACCAUCCUGUUGAACGACCCAAGUCGAUAGAGAUACAGUUUUGUCAUGUUGAUGACGAGGAUGAGCUCUGA